AUGUUCAAAUACGCCGUUGCUCUCUUCGCUCUCAUCGCUUGCGCUGCUGCUAAACCCGGCAUCCUGGCUGCUGCUCCUUUGACUUAUGCCGCACCUGCCGCUUUUGUUGCCGCUCCAGCUCCUGUGGUGACUGCUACCAGCAGCCAAUUUGUUGCACGUAACCACAAUGGUAUUGCUGCCGCUCCCGUCAUAGCGCAAUAUGCUGCUGCUCCAGUUGUUGCUCGUUAUGCGGCUGCCGCUCCUCUGGCCAGCCCAUUUGCUGCGCAUUACGCCGCUGCUCCUCUUCUUUGGUAA